AUGGCUUCGUCACAGUCGCACGAUGCGGAUGUGAUCGCUGGCUUCAUCAAUCUGGGUGACGUGUCAGGCUUGAAGAGAUUCGCAGGCCGCGACUUUGACUGGAACGCAUGCCUGACAUUCGGCGGAGCUCGCAUGCUGCCGCUUGCAGCUGCAAUUAGCGCAAACAUCGCCGACCCCUCCUAUUCUGGCAACGCCAUCCAAGUAAUUCAAUGGAUGAUAGAGGCCGGAGCAAGCCCAAGACACAGGGCACCACACACGGUAAAGGACUCGUGGUCAAUGUGGAAAGAGGAUGAUACUGAAAAGACGAAAAUGUCAGUAAACUUGGCCGGACACUCUGCAAUUUCAUACGCCUUCAAGUGGCUAGAUGAGAUGCGCAAGCGGAAGGGUGGAGCAGACUGGUCUUCAUCCAUCAAGUUUCUUGAAGUUGUGGUGCGUACCUUGGCAAGUGAGCCAUCUACGACUCCAAAAGUUGGAGUGCAUCACAGCGUCUGUGAGCUCUGGGAGUCCAUCCGCGAGUUGACUUCCACGCACAACGUGAUCCUUGAGACCUCCGACGGCGAAGUCUCAGCCCACGACCAUGUCCUCAUGGUGGCCUCGCCUGUUCUGAAGGCCAUGUUGGGGUCCUCCAUGCAAGAGGGCGCCAGCCGGCGAAUCCCCAUCCGAGACUCGCCGAGCGCCAGCGUGUCCCUGUUCCUGGACAUUCUCUACGCUGGCUCGACGUACAGCCACUUACUUCUCCAAAAAGUUGAACGUUGA